UUUCUUCAAUUUCAAUCCUUAUUCUUCAAUUUGACCCGCGAGACGACUACAACUGCGAAAGAUAAUCCAUCCCAAUUCGAUCAGCAAUCAGCCUCACGCCAUAAGAAAUGGGGAAAAGGAAGUCGAGAGCGAAGCCCCCACCUAAGAAGAGAAUGGACAAGCUUGAUACUGUUUUUAGCUGCCCCUUCUGCAAUCAUGGCACCAGUGUGGAGUGUCGCAUUGAUAUGAAGAACUUGAUUGGGGAAGCCUCCUGUGGAAUUUGCCAAGAAGGCUUUAGCACAUCCAUUACAGCCUUAAGCGAGCCAAUAGACAUAUAUAGCGAAUGGAUCGAUGAAUGUGAGCGGGUCAACAACCCUGAAGACGAUGGUGCUUAGGGGGGGAUCAAUUGGGACGUUUUCUGUAUGAAAAGAAGCUGGCUAGUUCGAAGUUCCUUUGAUGAAUCUAAAUUAAGAGGAGGGGAUCUUAUUGGUAGGUAUGACAACACUCCUACUCUCGUAGCGUGUAUGUACAGUAGUAUGUUGUGAUAGACAAGUGUGUGUACGGUAAUAUGUUGUGAUGUCUUGCAUGUUGACUUAAUCUUGAAUUUUAAGCACCUGUAACUUCGUUUCCUUAUUUUGAGUCACGAGUCUUGUGGACACAAAUAGUAAAUGUCACUGCGAAUUUUCGUGGGAUCCUGAAACCUCAUUUUGUUAAUGAAAUAUUGAAGGGUGUUGUUCUA